GUGAUGUCACGGGACUGUGCCAGACAAGUGUAAUAUUGAAGGAAGAGGACAGUGGAGAGAGUUAGGGAAUGUUUGUUGAAGAUAUCCUUUAAAAUCCGGGUCCAUCGUCUUCUCGUUUUGGGGGAAUGCUGUCCAAAACGAUAGGAACAUAAUCUUCACAGUUCAGGCUGCAAGAUAAGCCCCAUAUUGUUGUAUUCUAGAAAUCCGGGUGUUAGAUAAGGGAUGGUGAAAGUUUGAUUGGAGGAAUAAUAUUAGUAUCUUGGGCUAACCUGAGGGAGAGCGACGAAAACGGUAUUUAUUGUGGGAAUUGUAAAUUCACUGGUUAAUAGUACGUAUAGCGUUAGUACCCAGUGCCUAUAUAAAAUACGGUUUACAAUUUUUGAAACACACAGAGACAGCUGGCUUGUAAGCUAGCUAAGAAAAAUAAAUAUAAACCAUGGAACUCCGAGUCGGAAACCGAUACAGACUGGGCAGAAAAAUUGGAAGUGGAUCUUUCGGUGAUAUUUAUUUGGGUACAGACAUCUCCGUGGGGGAGGAAGUGGCCAUCAAGUUGGAAUGUGUGAAGACCAAACACCCCCAGCUCCACAUCGAGAGCAAGAUCUACAAGAUGAUGCAGGGAGGAGUGGGCAUUCCCACCAUUAAGUGGUGCGGGGCGGAGGGGGACUACAACGUGAUGGUGAUGGAGCUGCUGGGGCCCAGCCUGGAGGACCUCUUCAACUUCUGCUCCCGCAAGUUCAGCCUGAAGACCGUCCUGCUGCUCGCUGACCAGAUGAUCAGCCGCAUAGAGUACAUCCACUCCAAGAACUUCAUCCACCGAGACGUCAAGCCCGACAACUUCCUGAUGGGCCUGGGGAAGAAGGGCAACCUGGUCUACAUCAUCGACUUCGGGCUGGCCAAGAAGUACCGCGACGCCCGCACCCACCAGCACAUCCCCUACCGCGAGAACAAGAACCUGACCGGCACCGCCCGCUACGCCUCCAUCAACACCCACCUGGGCAUAGAGCAGUCGCGGCGUGACGACCUGGAGUCUCUGGGCUACGUGCUGAUGUACUUCAACCUGGGCUCCCUGCCCUGGCAGGGCCUCAAGGCCGCCACCAAGAGGCAGAAGUACGAGCGCAUCAGCGAGAAGAAGAUGUCCACCCCCAUCGAGGUGCUCUGCAAGGGCUACCCCUCCGAAUUCGCCACGUACCUCAACUUCUGCCGCUCCCUGCGGUUCGACGACAAGCCCGACUACUCGUACCUGCGCCAGCUCUUCCGCAACCUGUUCCACCGACAGGGCUUCUCCUACGACUACGUGUUCGACUGGAACAUGCUGAAGUUUGGUGCUAACAGAGUGGCGGAGGACGCUGAGCGGGAGCGGAGGGACCGGGAGGAGCGGAUGAGGCACAGCAGGAACCCCGGAGCCCGGGGCCUCCCCACCGCCUCGGGACGUCCCAGAGGAGCGCAGGACGCCACCCCACCCGCACCCCUCACCCCUACCUCACACACCGCCAACACCUCGCCCCGCGCCGUGUCCGGGGCGGAGCGCGAACGCAAGGUCAGCAUGCGGCUCCACCGCGGAGCCCCCGUCAACGUCUCCUCCUCCGAUCUGACGGGCCGCCAGGACCCCUCCCGCAUGUCCACGUCACAGUGGGCCAGAUCCAUCUACUGACCUCACCUGGACCAAAAGAUGGAUAUGUACUGACACCUCAACAUGUUUACUGCUCUACCGUUUCUUCUGAAGCUGGGUAUUGAAACUCUAUCUUGGGGACUGGGGGGUGUAUGCUGGUCUUUACCGUGUCUUGAAAUUGUCAAAUAGUGACUCCUGCGCUAAAUUAUUUCCCACAAUGCAUUUCAGUAACAUAAAAGGAACACAAGCAGCCUUCAGCUGUGCUGAAAAUGCCAAAUGGAGGGUGACGCCAGACUAAGGAAUUUAAAUAAAAGUUUGGACAAAAAUUAGAGGCGUGCUGGGCCUCCAGUAGCUGACGUGCACGCUGAAACUGAAGUUCACUGCUGCUCUGCGGGAUGUGUGCAGUGAUCUAGUCAGGGGUUGCUGUCCCGGGGGAGGGAGGGGUGGAGGGGGUCUGAAUAUUGGGAAGGGAGAUGGAGCGCUCUGGGUGACGUUUGCUGUGGCCAGCGUGUCCGCCUGCAUGUUUUGGUAAUCCAACCCCUGGUGUUCUGGACACGGCUGCUUUGGCACGCCUGCCCUGCUCAGUUUGAGCAGAAUUAAAAUUGUACUGUAACGCUGCAAGAACUGCGAGAAAUCUUUCACUGACAUCACUGCACUGUACUAUUGUACAAGCUUAAAAAAAGAGCAGGCAUUCUGAGGUU